AUGACCGCGGCGCUCGCUGCCGCCGACAAGGCAGUGAUUAGGCCGCGCGCACCGCGGCGGCAGGUGAUUCAGCUCACGGACGCGGCGGCCGAUCGGAUUUGCGAGCUGCUGACGAGGCGCAACAAGGAGUACCUCAAGCUGGGCGUCAAGUCGCGCGGCUGCAGCGGCAUGAGCUACACGCUCACCUACGCCGGUACGCGCCGCGCGCUCGCAGUCUUACACGAGCCGGGGAGGUUCAACGAGGUGGUGGAGGAGAAGGGCGUGCGAGUGGUGGUGGAGCCCAAGGCACUCAUGGCCGUCAUCGGCACCACCGUCGACUUCGUACAGGACCGCCUCAAGUGCGUCCCAACACCGUCCCGCCCCAUGCCGCUGCGCGCACCUGUCUCCACCCCACUCCCCACCCCCCCUCCUUUCCCACCCCCAUCUCUUUCUCUUCUGACCCUCCCCCGCUCAUAA